UUGUCUUAUAGACUCAGCUUUUGCCUUUUUCCUUUUCUCCAUCUACUUGCGCUAUCUCUGAUUCCUCGUGUUCGAUCUCCGGAAACCCUAGAAUUUUUUCACGCUGGGCAGAGUUUCUGGUCGCCGGCGGAUCUUUGUGGGGAGGAAAGAAGAGGGUUUGAAUGUGACGACUGGGGGCAGUGGUGUGGAUAUUUGUGAGAAAGACCUGGCGUAGCAAUGUCUUCCCUUAGUCGAGAGCUGGUUUUCUUGAUCUUGCAGUUUCUUGAUGAGGAGAAGUUUAAAGAGACCGUCCACAAGCUCGAGCAGGAAUCUGGUUUCUAUUUCAAUAUGAAGUACUUUGAAGAUGAAGUGCAGAGGGGAAACUGGGAUGAAGUGGAGCGGUACCUCUCUGGUUUCACUAAGGUUGAUGACAACCGAUAUUCCAUGAAAAUUUUCUUUGAAAUCCGGAAACAGAAAUAUCUUGAGGCAUUGGAUAAGCGUGAUCGUGCAAAGGCUGUCGAUAUCCUUGUGAAGGAUCUGAAAGUCUUCUCCUCAUUUAACGAGGAUCUUUUCAAGGAAAUUACACAGCUUCUGACAUUGGAGAAUUUCAGGGAGAAUGAACAGCUCUCAAAAUAUGGUGAUACUAAAUCAGCAAGGACAAUAAUGCUUGUUGAGCUUAAGAAGCUAAUUGAGGCGAACCCUCUGUUCCGCGACAAAUUGCAGUUUCCAACCCUCAAAAAUUCCAGGCUACGCACUCUUAUUAAUCAGAGUUUAAACUGGCAGCACCAGCUCUGCAAAAAUCCAAGGCCUAAUCCAGAUAUAAAAACCCUUUUUGUUGACCACUCUUGUGGACAGCCAAAUGGUGUGCGCACGCCAUCACCUGCAAACAAUCCUCUGCUUGGAUCUAUACCAAAGCCAGGAGGUUUUCCUCCUUUGGGUGCACAUGCGCCUUUUCAAACUGCACCAGCACCCAUACAUGCGCCUCUUGCUGGUUGGAUGUCUAAUCCACCAACAGUAACUCAUCCAACGGUUUCUGGAGGGCCCAUUGGACUCGUUGCCCCUUCAAAUCCUGCUGCAAUUUUGAAGCAUCCUAGGACUCCAACCAACAACCUUGCCGCAGAUUACCCUUCAGCAGAUUCUGAUCAUGUAUCAAAACGAACAAGGCCCAUUGGGAUUUCUCAUGAGGUGAAUCUGCCUGUCAAUAUAUUGCCAGUUACUUAUCUUCAAAAUCGCAGUCAAUCUAUGUACCCUCUAGACGACUUGCCCAAGACUGUUGCAAGAGCACUUAAUCAGGGUUCAACUCCCAUGAGCAUGGAUUUUCAUCCUACUCAACAGACAGUUCUUCUUGUCGGUACAAAUGUGGGGGACAUUGGAUUAUGGGAUGUUGGAACUAGGGAGAGACUAGUUCUGAAAAAUUUCAGGGUUUGGGAACCUGCAGCAUGCCCAAUGGCUCUUCAGACUGCUCUAGUUAAAGAUUCAGGCGUGUCAGUUAACCGUGUAAUAUGGAGUCCAGAAGGCUCUUUGUUUGGUGUUGCAUACUCAAGGCAUAUUGUGCAGAUAUAUUCUUAUCAUGGUGGUGAUGAUAUUAGGCAACACUUGGAGAUUGAUGCUCAUGUUGGUGGUGUCAAUGAUCUUGCAUUUUCUAACCCCAAUAAACAACUGUGUGUAAUCACUUGUGGAGAUGACAAGAAAAUUAAGGUAUGGGAUGCCACUACUGGUGCCAAACAGUAUACUUUUGAAGGCCAUGAGGCACCUGUUUAUUCUGUUUGUCCUCACCACAAGGAGAACAUUCAGUUCAUCUUUUCGACAGCAUUAGAUGGAAAGAUCAAGGCAUGGUUGUAUGAUAAUUUGGGUUCUAGAGUUGAUUAUGAUGCCCCUGGUUGCUGGUGCACUACGAUGGCAUACAGUGCUGAUGGUUCACGAUUAUUUUCUUGUGGGACCAGCAAAGAUGGAGAAACAUACAUUGUUGAAUGGAAUGAAAGUGAAGGGGCUGUUAAGAGGACCUUUCUAGGAUUGCAGAAACGGUCUUUGGGUGUCGUACAAUUUGACACCACUAGGAAUCGCUUUCUGGCUGCUGGCGAUGAAUUUCUAAUAAAAUUUUGGGAUAUGGAUAAUACUAAUCUUUUGACGUCUAUUGAUGCUGAAGGUGGACUCCCAGCAAGCCCGCGUAUACGAUUCAACAAGGAGGGUACAUUGCUGGCCGUUUCUACACAUGACAAUGGGAUCAAGAUCUUGGCAAAUGCUGAUGGACUUCGUUUGUUGCGCACAUUUGAAAAUCGAUUGCUUGAUACUUCGAGGCCCAUAAUAAGCCUAUUGUGUGCUGUUGCAAUUGGGACUAGUAGUGGAACAGACAAAGCUGCUCCUACAGUGUCUGUAGUUGGAAUGAAUGGAGACAACAGAAGUUUGGUAGAUGUAAAACCUAGAUUAGUUGAUGAGUCGAUGGACAAAUUAAAGAUCUGGAAGCUCACUGAAAUCAAUGAACUGGUUCAAUGUCAAUCCCUGAGGCUUGUAGAUAACAUGAGAACAAGCAAGAUAUCAAGAUUAAUUUAUACCAAUUCUGGAGUUGCCAUCUUGGCUUUGGCAUCCAAUGCAAUUCAUCUACUCUGGAAGUGGCCUCGUAAUGAACGCAAUUCAAGUGGGAAAGCUACAGCAAGUGUUUCCCCACAGUUAUGGCAACCGCCAAGUGGCAUCUUGAUGACUAAUGACAUAACUGAUGCAAAUCCUGAGGAAGUAGUCCCAUGUUUUGCUUUGUCAAAGAAUGAUUCUUAUGUCAUGUCUGCAUCAGGCGGGAAAAUCUCCCUAUUUAACAUGAUGACAUUUAAGACUAUGACGACAUUUAUGUCCCCACCACCGGCAGCGACAUUUCUUGCAUUUCAUCCUCAGGAUAACAACAUAAUCGCUAUAGGAAUGGAUGACUCCACAGUCCAGAUAUAUAAUGUUCGUGUUGACGAGGUCAAAAGCAAACUAAAAGGUCACUCUAAAAGAAUUACUGGUCUUGCCUUCUCGCAUGUUUUAAAUGUACUGGUGUCAUCUGGAGCUGAUGCUCAGAUUUGCGUGUGGGGAACAGAUGGGUGGGAGAAGCAGAGGAGCAGAUUUUUGCAAAUUCUGCCUGGGCGUACUCCAAGUGCACUUUCAGAUACCUGUGUACAGUUUCACCAGGAUCAGAUACAUUUCCUGGCUGCACAUGAGACCCAGAUUGCUAUAUUUGAAACCAAUAAGUUAGAGUGUGUAAAGCAGUGGGUUCCGCGUGAAUCUUCUGCUCCAAUCACGCAUGCCACGUUCUCAUGUGACAGUCAACUGAUAUACGUAAGCUUUUUGGAUGCCACCGUGUGCAUAUUUAGUGUCGCAAAUCUCAGGAUGCGAUGUCGGAUAAGUCCAGCUGCUUAUCUCCCUGCUAACAUCAGCUCAAAUGUGUAUCCACUUGUGGUUGCUGCACAUCCAUCAGAACCAAAUCAGUUUGCUUUGGGACUAACAGAUGGGGGUGUCCAUGUUUUCGAGCCACUGGAAUCUGAAGGCAAAUGGGGUGUUCCUCCACCUGCUGAGAAUGGGUCAGGGAGCAGCAUGUCCACAGCACCCCCAGCUGGAGCCUCAGGUUCAGAUCAACCACAGAGGUGAUGAUAAUAAUAUGUCUGGCCUGUCCAAUCCUUGUAGAAUUUUAGUGAAUUAGUCUGUUGGAUAAAUUAAUGGUUCUAGCCUGAUUGUUGGUACAUUCAAAGGCAAAACGUCCUGUUUUGGUGUGGGCAAAUCUGGAUAUAACCUUCCAGUCUCGAAACACUUUACUGGUGGUUUUCAGAUUCCACUAAUUAUAUUGAUAGGAAUGACCUCCAUGAUGGAUUAUUUCACAGAUGGUUCAAGACCAUGGCCAGCCAAAUCACAAAUAAAGGCAAAAACUUCAAAUGGCACGUAUCCAUUCUUAAA